AUGGCCUGCAGUCACCAGGGUGAUGUGGUGUUCGAGGUGGACGCCAUCGGCUGGGCUCCCUCCGGUGCGCGCACGGCGCUGUCCCUGCACCACGAGCUGGACCCGGCCAGGCUCCCCGCCGCUAAUAAAGGGGCGGCCACCGUCGGCGGGCACGAGCGCACGCCCAGCGGGCGGUACGUCCUCGCGACGGGGCUCGCCGACGAGGAGGACGGCCUGUGCCAGGCGAUCACGCCGGGCGCGCUCAAGCCCCGGGUCACGUACCGUGUCGCCGGAUGGAUCAGCGUCAGCGUAGCGGCGGCGCCAGGCGCCGGGGUGGGAGGAACAACGACCAAUCAUCCCGUGCACGUCAGCAUCCGCGUCGACGACGGCCGCUGCGUCAUCGACGGCGGCGCUGUCGCCUGCUCCGCCGCCGCCUCCGAGUCGGAGGCAGCAGGCGGCGGCGGCAGGUGGGCGGAGAUCAAGGGCGCGUUCCGGCUGAAGGAGAGCCCCCGCAGCGCGGCGGUGCACGUGCAUGUGCAUGGGGUGCCUGCCGGCGUGGACGUGAAGGUCAUGGACCUUCGGAUCAUCGCCACCGACCCAAAAGCGCGCUUCAGCUACCUCAAGGACAAGACGGACAAGGUAUCCCUUCUUGUACGUGUCGAUGACAAGUGCAUGAUGCGACAAGUAAUAAUAAGCUCGCUGGUGCGCAAGCGUGACGUGGUUGUGAAUGUGGGCGGUGCCCCGGCGGGCGCGUCCGUGCGCGUGGUGCAGCUGGACAGCGCCUUCCCCAUUGGCAGCUGCAUCAACGGCACGGUGAUCCAGGACCCGGCCUUCGUGGACUUCUUCACCAACCACAUGGACUGGGCCGUCUUCGAGAACGAGCUCAAGUGGUACUGGACCGAGGCGCAGCGCGGGCAGCUCAACUACGAGGACGCCGACCGCCUGCUCGACUUCUGCGACCGCGCGGGCAAGCCCGUGCGGGGCCACUGCAUCUUCUGGGCCGUCGACGGCGACGUGCAGCAGUGGAUCAAGGACAUCGCCGCCUACGACCGGGACCAGCUCAUGGCUGCCAUGCUGCACGGGCGCUUCUUCCGCGACCGCCUGGGCGACGACGUGGCCGCGCUCAUGUUCCGCGAGGCGGCGCGCCUGGACCCGGGCGCCGUGCUCUUCGUCAACGACUACAACGUCGAGUGCGGCAACGACCCCAGCGCCACGCCGGAGCGGUACGUGGAGCUCAUCCGCUACCUGCAGUGGCGCGGCGCGCAGGUCGGCGGCGUCGGGCUGCAGGGCCACGUGACCCACCCCGUCGGGGAGAUCAUCUGCGACGCGCUCGACGCGCUCUCCGCGGCCACCGACCUGCCUAUCUGGUUUACGGAGCUCGACGUGGGCGAGCCCGACGACGCCCUGCGGGCCGACGACCUCGAGGCCGUGAUGCGCGAGGCGUACGCGCACCCGGCCGUCCAGGGCGUCGUGCUCUGGGGGUUCAUGCAGGGAUACAUGUGGAGGCAGGACGCCGCCCUCGUCAACAGCGACGGCACAGUCAACGACGCCGGCCAGAGGUUCAUUGACCUCCGGAGGGAGUGGACCUCCGACGCGCGGGGCCGCCUCGACGCCGAUGGACAGUUCAAGUUCAGGGGCUUCCACGGCAACUACGUGGCGCAGGUCACCAUGCCCACGGGGACGAAGAUGCUCAAGGCGUUCACCGUCGACAAAGGGGACACGCCUCUCAUCCUGGACAUGGAUAACUGA